UGCCGUGGUCAGUCAAUACUGUGAGAGCUCAAGUGCGAUUAUUUUCGCAUGCACGCUGCAACUCGAGAGCAUCAUUGAUGUGAUCCUUAUGUGCGUUGUGCUACUUCACUUGCUCCGUCGCAAUGCUGAAGAGGACGAAGCCGCCCGCGACAUGGUCAAUUGUUCUCGUCUGCAAGACAAUUGCUUCAACACGUUGGCUGGUGAACAGAGGUGCUCUUCAUCCGUAAGCUCAUACUUGCCCGCAAAUACCCCUCACACGGGUCCUUACCUCGCUCGCGACGAACUGCGCAUAUAGGUACGAGGCGGCCCUGCUGUAACUGGACUGAGUCAGCAAAUAGCCGUCCAAAAUGCAGUCGACUGGUGAACGAAUUCGAAGAAUCGGCGUCACAGCCGUCGAGUGUGUGGUUCGACGUUACAGCGACUUGGAAGCAUCCAUGGCGUCGAAUGACUUCCUCAGCUCACGUGCAAUGGUGAACUGGCUUCGUCGAAGGAGUGUGCGAACAGCUGAUCCUCACGGAAUGCUUCGCAUACCGCGCCGAAAGCGCAUCAAAUUGUUUCGACUCUUAUCAAAACCCGGUGUCCUGGAAGCGAUGGAAGAGUACAGGAAGUCUGCCCUCUCUCGUCUGCUAUGGUGGCUGUGGUGGUUCGUGUCGCUCUUACUUCAUCCUACCAAGAUCUGGAAGGCCGCACACUUCUGGAUCAAGAUUCAGCUAUGGAUAUGCUUCUACUACAACCGUUUCACUUCGAGGUAUCGUGAAAAGAAGGCUCUGAUAGAGUGGGUUCGGAGCCGCGUGCGCAACUACACUGUUCCCGGUGAUUUUUCGACGGGUUGGACGGAUGGCAUUCUCCUGUGCGCACUGCUCGACUCAAUGUAUCCCGGAUCCUGCCCGCGCUACGACCUCCUCAACCCGGAUAACAGCCUUAGCAAUAUGCAGCUAGCUUUCUUGCUGAUCGAGAAGCACACACCCGUGCGCCUGGACAUCACGGCAGAAGAAGUCGUUGAAGGGCAACCAGGCAUCAAGAAGGCCAUCCGCUCAAUCGUUGCACAGCUGAAACUCAUAUCGGCGAAGACGGAUUUGCAGAAGGCACUCGGGAGACUUCCUAACAACACAGGCGAAAUUCAGUACGCGUCCAAGCAGGAGUGCUUCGCUAAAGGCAUGGGCCUCAUAUUGGCAGUCCGUGGUCGCAGGGCGACUUUCAAUGUCUUCACUCGUCCGACGCACAGUUUCUGCAUCGUCGUCGAGAUACGCGGACCAGACGGCAGUAUCUCCAAACAGACCAUCACAAACAAAUCUCCUCGAAGUAAAGUGUUGCGCCUGAGUGACUACCGAGACGAGAACGGAAUGCAAACGAAAAACGUCCUAGUCGAGUACGAGAUUUUCCCCGGGAAGGUGGCGGUCAAGUACAGACCUGCCCUUACAGGAAAACAUCAGUUGAGCAUAAUUUGGCAUGGGCAGCACGUCAUGGGAAGCCCAUAUGCCAUCAACGUCGAAGAUUCCAGGGACGACGACGAACCACUAACACCAUCGCCAACGAAUUCGCCGGCUCCUUCCGUAACUAACUUCAACGAUGUAGUGCGGGACGAAAUGUUAAGGAGGAUUCAACGGGUGCCUCAGAACGCACCAAGCCAAUCGCAACAGAAGACGAGAAGACGACGAAUCAUAAGGCGUGUCAUCAGGUGCAACGGAAAGGAAUUUGUGAUAGCUGGUGACGACAAGGAAGAACUCAAGAGAGUUCUUAUGUGCAUUUCCAAUAAUAAAAGUGCUACCCGAAGAACAGCGGACAGCUGGACGCAGCAGCAAAGCCAUGUAGUGCCAUCGGAGAAGGUGCAAGACACCAGAAGUGAAAGCCUUCGUGCGGCGCCUUCGGAAACAGCGUCUGUAAACGGCGUAUUUGUUUCAAGUUCAGUGAAAGUGGAAACGCCAGUAAUUGUGAUAUCUGCGGCCAGCCCGCCUCCAGACGAAAGGAAAGGGUUCGACAGUGCCAAAGCACAGGCAACGGAUCUCGACACCAAUGCGUUAAACAGUGUGCAAGAGUCAAGUACGCCCACCUGUGACGUUGGAGGUCAUGCAGAUGAGGCUGCAGCACGCAUGUCGCCUUCAUGUAAGGAGAACUGCGCUGAAAACGUCAUAAAGACAUCCUUACCCUCCUCGUCCUCUACAGAAAGACACGAAUCAGUACCAGAUAAUUGUCACGUAUCUGAUACCUGUCUUCAAAGCAAUCCUCCAAAGUUAGCCGUGGUACGCUGUGACGUCGACUCAAAUGCAGAAAAUAUGCCACUGCUCCUUGGAGUCUCUGAUGACACCACUUUGAAUUCCGACAACUCAAGACGCCUUUCUCGACAAUUACCUGUGAUUACGGAAGAAACCGAGAAACGGUUCCAGACAGGCAUAAGUGCCCUGGAGGAGGCAGAAGAGAUCGAGAACAUUACACACACAACGGAAUGCAGCACAAAGUACGAAUUCAGUAUUCAUCGAUCUAGCGUAACGGUCAACAUCCAGGCAGACGCUCUUAGCGAUCCACUAGAAUCUGAAUGUCCGGGGACCGCUGACGUAACCCCUGCGAUUACUUCCGUACCUUCGAACGAAGAAAGUGCAUGGGCAGCGUUCGUGGGGAGCGAAUCGCUCCCACGGUGUCGAACCGUGCGACGAAGGAUUCUUCAGAGGCAGUCAACAGCGUGUGACGGUUCAACAGAAGAGGAAACAAUGGAUCCACCAACUCUGUCGUCGUACCCUGAAACUGACGCUUCCACGUCCUCGUCAGUAAAGAACAUGAUUAAAAGCUGGGAAAGGAAACAAAAGGAACAAGUUAGCCUCGCGGAGAAUAUGACCGAUAAAGUAACAAAUACUCGUUUAUCACCAAAGCCGGUGACGACGACCUUGCAUUCCUCGCUAGACGUGCCAACCUGCACUGAAACCAGAAUGACUAAAGUGCGUUGGGAAGGAGAGCCUUCGAGAGGGAUUCGUGAUGCCUUCAACAUAUCUCCGAAGGCACGUCCGGAUGUGUACGAAGGACUGAAAAGCCUUCUUCCACACUCCAGAUCCGUAUGGCAGAAACAGCGACGCUACAACCCCCGGCGGAAACUCUUCCACAAACGAGCACUAGUGUACCCGGGCAUCUUCGUCUCGACCAGAGCCAGGGAACCUGCAAGCUCCACCGACUUCACUCCCAAGAACAUCCUUACAUCAACAUUUUCGCAUCACGCAACGAGGGCAACUACUACGAAAGUCGAAGCACCAGUCUGCAAAGACCGUCGUCUGAGCUCACCGGACACACUCUGGCAUAUUAAGGACACUGAAGCACGCGGUAACCUUCCCCGAUGGAUAGAAGGAAUGGCGUCGCUGUUACCUACCUCCGUCCGAGACCACGCCGAGGGUCAGUACGACCGCAAGGAUGAGAACCUGCUCUAUGAAUUGCAUCAGGAAUACAUAGACGACGAAAUACCUAACGCUGGAACCCUCCUCCUGGAUCGCUACACAGCCUUUAACAAUGUCAUCUACCGCGAUGAUGAGCUCCACAAAUUAUUUGAGAUUUCCCCUUCUCAUCCGGAGAACUGCGUGGCAUUGGGAUCGAGGCUAUACUUUGGUCAAGUGGGAGCAGAGAACCACUUUCAGGUGGACGCCUCACGUGCCGGUGUAGGCCCUAUUUCAAUAGGCAUUCAAGGUCCAACAGAAGGGGCUGUCAUCAAAGUUUCAGUUACUUACUCUGGUCUGGGAAACUACACUGUGAUGUACAAAGUCAAUGAGCCUGGUUAUUACAUUAUUUAUGUAAGGUGGGCAGACUGGCCUGUUCCUGACAGCCCAUUUGUGUGCAAGAUAUCUGCUUAGACGCUCUGGACAACCUAUGCUAGGCUAGGUUGCUGUUUCUUGAGGAGCAUCAGUGAUAGCGGUCCAGCAACUUGCAAGCAGAAAGGCUUGCAUAAGCUGCACAACAAAAAUCGGUAAUCAUCCAGGCAAUCAAAAAAUGUGUUUGCUUCAUGACUUUCAGACAUUAAUCUCUCUCUACCAAGCAUAAUACUUCAUCAUUAUUCUAGUCGCUAUAACCAUCAAUGUUGUAGCUCACUGCUAUCAUUCAGACUAUCAUUUCUGCAUUUUACUUGCAGGUUUUGUUGUUACAGAUUUAGUGGGCUUACCUGUGUUUGUUGCAAAAACAAAAAGAAGCAAAUCAGACUUACUAUGAUGUAUUUUGUAAAUAGGACAUGUGAAUGUUAUUUAUUUAUCCACACAAUGUUUAAUACAAAUUUAGUACACAGAACUGUUACCAUGCAUACUUAAAAGAUACGCGAUCCUUCGCCACCCUGAUGUAUGCCAAAUUAAAAAUGUGUCAAGAAAUGAA